AUGGCUUCAGCUCCCCAAGGCCAACAGAUCAACGUUACCGACCUCGACUUGCAGCAACUGUCGGAUGUGCGGAGGCAGCUGGAAGAGGAAUUGACCCAUCUGACGAACUCGUUCACGCAACUGAAGGCGGCGCUUGCCAAGUUCAGCGCAUGCAUUGAGAACGUCAAAGAGAUUAAUCCGGAAAACAAAGAUAAAACGACUCUCGUCCCAUUAACAAACUCGCUAUACGUACCGGGCAAACUAUGCGACGUGGAAAAUGUGAUUGUCGAUGUCGGAACGGGAUACUAUGUCAAGAAGUCUCGACAACAAGCGACUAAAUAUUAUCAGGCUAAGGUGGACUUCGUACGCGGGAACCUGGAGACGCUGCAAGAUACUAUAACGAAGAAGCAGGAGAAUCUCAACUUCCUGCUCACCGUCAUACAGAGCAAACUGCGCGAGGAGACUCAGGCGGCUGGGAAAGGCGGGAAGUCAUGAGGGUCUAGGGGAAGCAAGACUUAACCCGUAGCUGCGCGUGGUCUCUCAUGCACAUAUUGCUGUCGACCGCAGGGUCUAGUAUGCGAUGGGGUAUAUCUGUAACGGAUAAUCAGUUUGUUGCACAGAAUGACGCAAAC